UGUGUUUUCACUCUGAAGCUCACACAACUUUACACCUGAAUGAACGCCAAGCCUCUGUGGAUAUAUAAAGGGAACCUUGGGGAGGAAUUCCACAGUCAAUAGUGCAGAAGCAGGGGAAAAGAAUUAAGCGGCUCCUCAGCCAAGCAAAUCCUCCACUCACCAUGCUUCCUCCAGCCAUUCAUCUCUAUCUCAUCCCCCUUAUAUGCAUCCUAAUGAAAAACUGUUUGGCUUUUAAAAAUGAUGCCACAGAAAUCCUUUAUUCACAUGUGGUUAAACCUGUUCCUGCACACCCCAGCAGCAACAGCACGUUGAAUCAAGCCAGGAAUGGAGGCAGGCAUUUCGGUAGCACUGGACUGGAUCGCAACAGUCGAGUUCAAGUGGGCUGCCGGGAGCUGCGGUCCACCAAAUACAUUUCCGACGGCCAGUGCACCAGCAUCAGCCCUCUGAAGGAGCUGGUGUGCGCCGGCGAGUGCCUGCCCCUGCCGGUGCUUCCCAACUGGAUCGGAGGAGGCUAUGGAACAAAGUACUGGAGCCGACGGAGCUCCCAGGAGUGGCGGUGUGUCAACGACAAGACGCGCACCCAGAGAAUCCAGCUACAAUGUCAGGACGGCAGCACACGCACCUACAAAAUCACGGUGGUCACGGCCUGCAAGUGCAAGCGUUACACCCGCCAGCACAACGAGUCCAGCCACAACUUUGAGAGCAUGUCGCCCGCCAAGCCCGCGCAGCACCACAGAGAGCGGAAGAGAGCCAGCAAAUCCAGCAAGCACAGUCUGAGCUAGGACGGGACUGACUAGAAAGCAGCUGCUCCCCAGAUUUGAUGGCUUGCAAGACUGGGGCCUGCAAUUGCUCUUUUCUCACUUGAAAGUGUAUACGCCUUCUGCUUUGAUCAGGCCCACAGGCUGUCCUUCUCUGGGACCUUCUCUGGGACUAGCUUUUCCUUUGCAAGUUUCUCAAGAUGUAAUGAGCACAGUGAAAGCCAGGCAUCCUGUCGUUUCCAUUCUUAAAAAGCACCUGAUGCUGUUUAAACAUCCUCAAUUUACAGUUUAAAACGCGCCAUUCCCUAGCACACCCUUACCUUUCCCAAACACAACCCCUUCAAACCAGAAAAGUUUAUCAAAAAAUGUAUCUUCACAAAACGUUUCGGAAAGGGCCUUUUCCAGUGAUUUUCAUGGGAAUAGUCUGGCAGCCAGGGGUUAGCUUCCCUUGAAAGAGAGGCAAACCUUGUGACAUUUCACUUCAAAAAUAAGCCCUGUAGCUUUUUACAGACUCAGUGUGAAAUUAUACCCUGCAUGUUGACCUCGCUUGGAAUGGAAUGCCAGCAAUGCAUGGCAGCAGCUAAUAAGUAAAGCUGAUUAUUUAUUUUUCAAUGUUGUUAUUUAAUGAGCUUUCACAUGUGAUUUUUUUCAAAAUGUUAUUUUUUUUUAAUGUUUUGAAGCUUUUUCAUGUACCUAAACAUUUCCCAAUAUGAUUUGUGGUCGGUCUAGAAAUAUGAAAAUACGUGUUGUAGAUAUGUAAAGUAAGUAUUCUAGUCUCCUCAUAUAUUACUUGUUUCAUCAUGAGCUUUGUCAGUAGCAUGGUUCUCUGUAAAGCUGAAAUAUGUACACUUGAUUAUUUAGUCCAUGCAAUCAGAAGUCAGCUUGACCUCGAAUGCCAUUGGUUUCUUUUAACAAAUAUAAACAUGGCUAAAUGUUAUUGUCCUUGCCUCUAUAACAUGUAUAAAAAGGUAC